AGCACCCCCUCCCCCCUUUCCCCGCCUAACCGAUCCAAAAGGAGAAAACAUUCUCUUUAGUGCCACACAAGUACUAGAAAAGAAUGAAUAAUUCUCUUGUAGUAUACCUAAAAAGCCUUCGAACUUUCUGUGCAUUUGCACCCACCAAAUUGUCUUCUUUUGCCAAAUCUGCAUGGCAAUCUAUGAAAUACUCCUGCCAGUUCAUCUGCCAAACUAACCCACUCUUUAUCCAAGUCACCUAUUUCACCUUGAUCUCAUUUGCUGGAUAUGAAGCUCUGAAGGUCCUGAACUCCCAAGAUAAGUCAAAUACUCUGAAAGACUUAGACGUGUUGUUUACUUCUGUCUCUGCAUCAACUGUCUCAAGCAUGGCUACUGUUGAAAUGGAGGAAUUCUCAAGCAAACAACUCUGGGUUUUGGCAAUUUUAAUGCUGAUUGGUAGUGAGGUAUUCACUUCAAUACUUGGUCUUCACUUCAUGAGGGCUAAAUUCAAUACAGAAAAUUCACUCAACACAAGGGACCACAUAUCUCAUGUUGAUAUUGAAUCUAUUAAUGUUACAAACUUUGAUCCCAACACUAGCCAUGGCACAAAAGAUGAAGUGUCAUUUUCCGAACUCCACCUGGCAAACAAACAGCAUGUUGAUCCCAAGACAACUGUGCUUUUAGGUGCUGCAGUGACGGUCUAUCUUCUAAUAACAAACUUAGGGAGCUCCUUAGUUAUUUACCUCUACCUUAAGCUAGUACCAGAUGCACAAGAAGUUCUGAAGAGAAAAGGGAUUGGGCUCUUUCUUUUUUCUGUAUUUACGGCUAUAUCCUCGGUUGCAAACUGUGGCUUCACUCCAGUAAACGAGAAUAUGAUUAUCUUCCAGAAGAACUCCGGUCUGCUAUUGCUAAUUAUUCCUCAGAUGCUAGUAGGAAAUACAUUAUUUGCACCAUGCUUGAGAUUCAUGGUGUGGUCACUCCAGAAGAUUACCGGCAAACAAGAAUGGUCUUUCAUUCUUGAGCAUCCAAAGGCCACCGGAUACAGGCAUCUUAUGAGUACAAGAAAGUCUGCUUAUUUAGUUUUAACUGUUGUGGGCUUCAUCAUUCUGCAAACCAUAUUGUUUUGCUCUUUGGAAUGGAGCUCCGAGGCUAUACAGGAAAUGAGCAGCUAUCAAAAGAUAGUAGGUGCUCUUUUUCAGUCAACCAAUGCGAGGCAUGCUGGUGAAACUAUUGUGGAUCUGUCAAGCAUCUCUUCGGCAAUAAUAGUCCUAUACACCGUCAUGAUGUACCUCCCUGGUUACACUUCACUUUUACCCAAUUAUGACGAUCGGUAUUCUAAGGCCGAGAAGAGAUACAGCAGAAAAGGGCUAUUGGAGGACUGGAUCUUCUCCCAGUUGACUUAUUUGGCUAUCUUUGUCAUGCUAAUUUGCAUCACUGAGCGAGAAGCACUGACCACAGAUCCACUUAAUUUCAAUGUUUUCAGCAUACUGUUUGAAGUUGUCAGUGCAUAUGGAAACGUGGGCUUCUCAAUGGGUUACAGCUGCAAGAGGUUACUGAAACAAGACGUACACUGCAAGGAUGCUUCAUAUGGAUUUGUCGGAAAAUGGAGCGACAAGGGGAAAAUGAUUCUGAUCAUCGUCAUGGUCUUCGGGAGGCUUAAGGCGUACAAUUUGAAGGGCGGAAAAGCAUGGAAGCUUAGAUAGCAUCAACUCUGUGAGGGCCUAGUAUUUCCCCUACCAAAUAUGGUGUGUACCUUCGGACAUGGAUAAAAACCACACCCUCGCUUUUCCUUCACCAAUAAUCUGUGUCCACCUUGUAGACGUACAAUGCUAGUAAGGAUAUGAAUAAAAAUACUAGUAUAAUAGUACAAAGAUAGUAAUCACGCA